AUGCUAGAAAAUGUAUGGGAAAAUGUAUGGAAAAAAGUGAAAAAAUUGAGAACAGUGAAAGGAGUGGAAAAACAUUUUCGAAAGAAUGAGAAUAUUAAAAAGAAUGUGAAAGUAGGAGUAAGAGUAA